AUGGUAGUUAGCUCGGUUAGUACAGCGUUUCCGCGACCAGUUGUCGAUCGUGCCCAGUAUGGGCCUGCCCGAUGGAGUCCUUACAUGGUGGGUUCGGAUGUUGGCCCCGGUUAUGGCCCUUCCGCCUACGACCACCCGUUCCACCACACAAUCCACUCGCUAGUCGCGGCCGGUGAUGGUUCGCAGGGUUACGGGACGAAGUACGUUGGUCCUUCGAGUGGUGGAAGCGAUGGGUAUGGAGCCAGCGGGUACGACUACCACGCACCACCUCAUCCUCCGCCACCACCACCACCACCACCACCACCACCACCACCAUCAUACGUUCACUCGUGGGUGCCACCGGUGUGGGCAGCGUCCCCGGUUGGAAAACCUUCCGGAAAAGGCAAGGGAGCAGCGCUGUCCGCGUUGACGUUGCUCGCGUUCCUGUACUUCCUGAACCUGCUGCAGGGCUGCCUGAAAGAGCACAUGGAAACGAUGAACCCGACGGUGAUGGUGAUGACGGCUGGUGCAACUCGUCGGAAGGACGUCACAGGCGCGAGCCUCGAGCAGGCAACACCGGAUGUGUCGGGUGAGGAAACGGGUGACAUUGUCGAGCGGUACGAGGGGCUGUCCCGACGCUACCACCUGCUGACUUCUUCGAACAGCACGCGCAACCCAUUCGCACCGAAAGAACCCAGCAGGAAACAAGCUAAUAGGCCAGCCUCGGUGUCAAACGAGAGAAGGAAGCGACCCCAACAACAACAGCAGCAGCAGCGUCGGAAAAACCGUUACACCGGAAGUGACUGGCACGAUCGUGAGUGA